UACAAAGUUGCAGACGUUCUGUAAUCUCACCCUUUACCUACUCAUAAAAAUAUUUUUGGCUGAAUGCUGAAAAGCAAGAGGCCAACAGAUAAAAGAAGAUAAAAACAGAAGAAAAAAAAUUGUCAAAAAUAUUGUGAAGGUUAGGUUUGUUUAUUGGUUGCGGGUAGGGAAGUGAUUUGUGGUAAAACGAAUUAAUAAAUUGACAAUGGAACAGGAUGAAGUUGUUCUUGAAGAUGGCGAACUUUCGCAUGACUCUGGAGACGAGUGUUACACUCCCUUAGAAAGACCGCAAAACUAUUCAACCACUCAACCAAUGCCUCGACUUCCAGUAGACCCUCCUUCAGAAAGCGAAGAGGAAUUACAGUCUAAUGAUAGUGACAGCGAUUCUGAUUCUGUUUCUAAAAAGAUAAAAAAGACCAAAAUUCGUUUGAAGCCAAAACCACAACAAAGAAAUUUGAGAGCUAAGAAAUAUGACGUUUGGAGUAGCAGAUCUCAAGAAGAAAGCCUGGCUGCUACCCUUGAUAACUGUGAUGUAGUCAAACGUGACAGGUCAAGAGAUGUUGAGUCAUAUGAUUUCACCUUAGCUCAUAAAUAUUAUAAUAAUGAAUUAGACAUCAAUAGGUUUAGUAAAGUUGACAGAAAAAAUAACAAGCGAACAAGAGAUGAUAGAAAUAAUAAAACUUUUCGACAGAGACAAAGAUCACCCAGUGCUGGUAGUGAAGUCAAGGGUGAACCUAGGAUGAUUUCUAACCUAACUGUAGAUAAAAAUAGUGUGGCAGAAGAUAUUGCAAAUGAUAUUGCUUGCAAAUUAAGUGAAGAAAAGACAGAAUUAAUUUUAAAAGUUAUUACGGUUCUUGGAAAAGAAAGAGCUUUGGAAAUAUUUGAGGAAACAAAAAAUAUAGAAGCAGAAGGUGGAAUGUUAAUAAUGAAUAAAACAAGAAGACGAACACCUGGUGGUGUAUUUCUAAAUUUAGUUAGACAAGAUUACCAUAUAACAUUUGAUCAAAGAAAUGAAAUAUUUGGAGAGGAGAGGCAGAAGCUUAAACAAAUGGUUAAGCAGAAACAAAAAGAAAAAACAAAACAGACACAAAAAAAAGUUGCUGCAGCGAGGGCAAAAAUUCUUCCCGAUCUUUUGACAAGAGCAGAGCUCUUGGCGUCACAAAACCCGGACAGGAAGCUUAAAGAAACCGAAGAACAAGAAGAUUGUGUGAAUCCGCCCCCAACACCAGAGACUGAUGGUUAUGAAAACAGCAGAGAUGGCAUGGAGGGAUCACCUUUGCCUGUAAUUAACGGCAACGAUUCUUUGGAGAGUUCUAGAGGAAAAUUGCAAACUUAUGAGGAUGAUUUUCUCGAUCUUGGAUGUGCUGACGAUAUGGAUUUGUUUUGAAUAUAAAUAUUAAGAUAAGAAUUAUUUGUAAGAAAAAUAUUCUUAUUUAUAAGAAGGAAUAAUAUUACAAUUAAAACUGAAACUUUAAUGUUAUAAUUU